CAGGUGUUCCACGUGGAGGUGGAGGUGAAGGACAUUAACGACAAUCCUCCCGUGUUCCCCGGAACACAAAGGAAUCUGUUUAUCGCGGAAUCCAGGCCGCUUGACUCUUGGUUUCCACUAGAGGGCGCCUCCGAUGCAGAUAUCGGGGAGAACGCUCUGUUGACUUACAGGCUGAGUUCCAAUGAGUAUUUCUCUCUGGACGUACCAACCACCGACCAACAGGUAAAGCCUCUGGGACUUGUAUUACGAAAACCUUUAGACAGGGAAGAAUCUCCGGAACUUCAUUUAGUGCUCACGGCCACUGACAGAGGCAAGCCUGAGCUGACUGGCACAGUUCAGUUAAUCGUCAAAGUGCUGGACGCCAAUGACAACGCCCCAGCUUUCGACAGAACACUCUAUGCGGUGAAAUUACCAGAAAACGUUCCCAAUGCAACGUUUGUAAUUAAACUUAACGCCUCAGAUUUAGACGAAGGCUUGAAUGGGGAUAUUAUUUACUCAUUCUCUAGUGACGUUUCUCCAGAUAUAAAAUUUAAGUUCUACAUAGACUCCCUAAGUGGGAAGAUUAUAGCAAUAGGACAUAUAGAUUUUGAAGAAAGUAAAGCCUACAAAAUUCCAGUAGAGGCGAUCGAUAAAGGCCUCCCACCCCUGGCUGGUCACUGUACAGUUCUUGUGGAAGUUUUGGACGCUAAUGACAAUGCUCCAGAGUUGACUGUCACUUCCCUGUCGCUUCCUAUCUCAGAAGAUGCUCAGCCCGGCACUGUUAUCAUCUUGAUUAAUGUGUCUGACCAAGAUUCUGGUGCCAAUGGGCAGGUGACCUGCUCAUUAACGCCCCAGGUCCCCUUCAAACUGGUGUCCACCUUCAAGAAUUACUAUUCGCUGGUUCUGGACAGCGCCUUGGAUCGCGAGACUGUGGCCAACUAUGAGGUGGUGGUGACCGCGCGGGACGCGGGCUCGCCUUCCCUGUCGGUAACAGCCACCGUGUCCGUGGAGGUGGCCGACGUGAACGACAACGCGCCCGCG